UCUCUUUGCUUUUCAGUCUGAGCGCCCUGGAAAGGUGACCACCAGUCGUCCCCAGACUCUCGCCUCCGUCUCCUUCAGCUCAGGGAGACCAUCGCCUGAUCCCCCCCUCCGAGUAAGAGCGAAGCUGCCUCCCCCAGAAGGGCAGCUGAAGGAGCUACCUGUCCACCCAACGCCAAGCCUUUACCUGUAGGGGCAGAGAGGGGAUUUUGUUUUUUUUUAUCCUCCCACAUUCCUCCCCCCCCUCCCCACGUUGACUUUAAAUUGGGACCGGAAUUGGUGACCCGACGACUCGUUGGAGCGUAGCGAGAGGAUGAAGGGGCCGUGGCUGGUUCUGGCAGCUCUGUGCCUCACCCUGGCCAACCUGGGCGCCAGGGGCGAGGACGGGCUUGACUUUCCAGAGUAUGAUGGAGAGGACAGGGUCAUCCACAUCAGCUUGAAGAACUACAAGGCUGCCCUGAAGAAGUUCGAAGUCUUGGCGUUGCUCUACCAUGAACCUAUUGAGGAUGACAAAGCCUCCCAAAGGCAGUUCGAAAUGGAAGAGCUCAUUCUGGAGUUAGCUGCCCAAGUCCUGGAAGAUAAAGGUGUGGGCUUUGGGUUGGUGGACUCCGAACAUGACGCUGCCGUAGCCAAGAAGCUAGGACUGGAUGAAGAAGACAGUAUCUACGUGUUUAAGGAUGAUGAAAUGAUUGAGUAUGACGGAGAGUUCUCAGCCGACACCUUGGUGGAAUUCUUACUUGACGUACUUGAGGACCCAGUAGAGUUUAUCGAUGGAAACCAUGAACUUGCUGCCUUUGAGAACCUUGACGACGAGCAAAAACUCAUUGGAUACUUCAAAAAUGAAGAUUCUGAACAUUACAAGGCCUAUGAAGAUGCUGCAGAGGAGUUCCACCCAUACAUCCCAUUCUUCGCCACAUUUGAUGCAAAGGUUGCCAAGAAGUUGACCUUGAAGCUGAACGAGGUUGACUACUACGAGCCGUUCCAUGAUAAGCCCAUCACCAUCCCCAACAAACCCAACAGCGAGAAGGAGAUCGUGGAGUUCCUGCAUGAGCACAAGAGACCAACACUGAGGAAACUGAGACCAGACAGCAUGUAUGAGACCUGGGAAGAUGACUUGAAUGGAAUCCACAUCGUUGCUUUUGCAGAAGAGGAUGAUCCUGAUGGUUAUGAAUUUUUGGAGAUCAUCAAGGAUGUUGCAGAGGACAAUACCGAUAACCCCGACCUUAGCAUUAUCUGGAUUGACCCCGAGGACUUCCCACUGCUGAUCCCCUACUGGGAAGAGAAAUUUGGCAUCGACCUGUCUCGUCCUCAUAUCGGCGUGGUGAAUGUGACUGAUGCUGAUAGCGUUUGGAUGGACAUGGAUGAUGAAGAGGACCUGCCUACCGUGGACGAGCUGGAAGACUGGAUUGAAGAUGUUCUGGAGGGUGAGGUCAACACUGAAGAUGAUGAUGACGACGAUGAUGACGACGAUGAUGAUGACGACGACGACGAUGAUGAUGAUGAUGACGACGAUGAUGACGAUGAUGAUGACGAUGAUGAUGAUGACGAUGAUGAUGAUGAUGAUGACGAUGACUAAACAGUCAUCAAAAAAGUCGUUAGCAUCUAACUAGUUUAUAUAUUAAAAUGUCAAAGCCUGACUUUAGUAACAACAUAUUUUUAUAUGAAUUCUUGAUUCUUAAUUUAAUUAUUUUCACCUAUCCGAUUAGCUCAACACCGAUCUUCAACACCCUUAAAAAAUCCACUGAAAGUUUUGGAUCCUGGGGCCUCUAGACAAAGGGAAUCCAAUGAGAUUCCUCUCACCAACAGCUCAGGAGGACUACAGAAGCUCUUUCUGGUCUCUUCAUAAAGUCUUAAGAUAAUGAGAAUAGACUUUUAUCCAAAAAAUUGCUUGGUUCAAGCAAGCCUAAAAAUUUAUAUUUUUUCCAAAAAGUUGUUUUUUAAGACCAAAAAAAACUCUGGUCAUCCAUUAAGAAAAGCUUAGAUAAUCUAAGAGUUCCAACUAACCUGCAACUCUUGUCCAAACGCUCAAUAGUGCAGGUUGAGGACUUGAUUUCACAAGUCCAUCAUUUUCGAAAACCUAGCAUGAUAUCGCCAAAACACAAGACGUGCGAUAAACAACACAAGAAUCCCAUCAUAUGCCAGUCUUGGCUCUUGUUGGCAUAACAGAUAAGGUUGCCUAUCACAGUAGCAUGUCAACUUUUUUUUUUUUUGGCCAAGUACCAUACAUUAAAAAAGAAGAAGUGAUGUCUCCUCAUCGAUCUCACGUCCAAUCAUCUCCUAAGUGGGCAAAAAAUGUGGACUUUAUGCCCUUUCACAUGAUUUUAUUCUUGGACAUUUUGAUGUUUUCCCGACAUUUCAUGUCAUAUGAAAAAAAAAUAUUGUUGCCCACUUGUCGAAGAAACCUAAGGCAAAAACCUCAAGCAUCACUCACAAGGUCUUAAAUGUUUAUCUACUGUGAUCUUCUUCCCACAAAUUGCAACUGAUAAGAAAACCGAAAAUCAGUAACAUCCAAA